CAGGUCCGUUCAGUUCAGUGUUGUUUGAUGCGUGGCGACAGCGGCGGCGGCACGACCUCGUUUCUCUGUGUUUACGGUGCGAGGUGUAGAAUAUAUUUUUGUGAUACAAAGUGGACUUAAAACAGUGAUAUUAUUAUCUACAUACUUAUAACCUAACUUAAAAAUAUGGUUUGAAGUUCGGAAACUCGUGCGACCAAUCUGUCUAGAGAGAUCAACUAAAAUGAAGCAGUGCGUGAACAAGAACCUCGUCACGCUAAAAUGCGUGCUAUUUUGUUUUCUCUCAGGGGUGGGAUGCAUUUUCCCAUUUCUACCACUGCACAUGCUGUCUCUGGGUCUGGACAGAGGAGAAGCCAGACUAAUAUCAGCAGUCGCGCCGUGCAUCGCCCUUCUGGGUCCAGCCUUGUUGGGACCUUUCAUUGAUAAGUUAUCAGUGGGGCGAGGGUCGACAGGUGGCGCGCCGGCCCCGAGCGGUUCCGGACGCCUGCUCAGGAUAACCACCGCUGUGUGCCUUAUACUUAGUGCUCUCUUUUAUACCUUACUACUAACCAUACCGGCCGCUGAGCGCCAUGAGGCGCGGCGACCAAAUGUUUUAUUCAUGUGUGAUGAGAAUAGCGCUUAUGUCAUGCAAGAGGUGUGCAAGGAGGACAUGCGAUGCAACCGGUGGUCGGGAGAGAAGAGUGGUGUGAUCGCAUUGACUUCUUGUGAAUAUGGAUGCGCAGAUGACAACAUGACAUGGGUUAAACAACCAUUUGCUAUUUCGGAGAUGUCCGACGAUACGACAGCCGGACCUUUGUUUUCAUUAACAAAUAUGACGUGGCAAGAAGCUGUCUUCUUCGACGACGACAACAAUAGUUACGAAGAGUUCCCGCCGCACCUUUGUUAUAAUGGUCUGUGCACAGUGUAUAUGCAACAUGAAGCACGACUGCGACUGCCAUUAUCUCUCCUGGCCCCAGGCCCACCCGAAGACAAUACCACCUCAGAUGCGGGUUGGUGCACAUAUAGGACAAGCGGGGCUUCGAAGUGCGUGGUGCCUCCACAGCGGCUUCGAGACUUGAACUUCGAGAGUUCGGGACCGUGCCGCCCGGCCGUGCGCUGCCUUGUUCUGGACCCUUACGACGAGCCGGACGGCGUGCUGGCAGACGCCGAGUGCCGCCGUGUAGUCGGUGAUCCGGCGUUUACAUUCACUACCUAUUUCAUUUUACGAGUUUUAGCAGACAUCUGGCCUAUCGCUGCACUGGCAUUGCUGGGUGCCGCCUGCGUCAUCGCCACUCGGGAAACCUCCCUGGGACGUGGAGACGUGGGCAGACAGCUCGCUUUCGGUACCCUCGGACUCGCUAUAUUCCCGCCCCUUGCCGGACUUGCCGCUGACUCUAUGCCUGAUAAUCCUUUCCUGGUGCCGUUCAUUAUGCACGCAGUCUUCAUGCUCAUCGGGGCUCUCAUACUGUUGAUUGAUAAACACAUGCCGCUAUCGACACCGGAGUGGUGGUGGCACACGGCGACGGGCGCGCUGGCGUUGCCGUUCAGUGCCGUGCGGCGGUACGGCGCCGAAACCGCGGCCGUGUUCGCUGUCGUGACAUUACUCGGCGUACUGUGGAGCGGAAUCGACUCCUACUUACCUUGGACAAUCAAAGAUAUCUACGAAACGGCAACAGAAUUAAACGAAACGGUAGCAUUUGAAGACACGGCAACCAAAGUGGGUCUGACGCUGACUGUGGGCGCGCUGCCGGCCGUGCCCGCGCUGCUGUGGGCGGAGGCGCUGGUGGACUACAUCGGACAUUCCAACGUCUUUAUCACUGCUUUUAUCUUCUACUGUCUGCGGUACACUGGUCUCGCCUACGGCACUGACUACAACUGGAUAGUUGUAUGUGAAAUCCUCGAGAUAUUCACGCUGAGUUUGGUCUGGGUGACCGCCAUGCUAUACUUCAGGCAUCUCGUCCCACGCAAGUACACUGCUACUGGACAAGCGCUACCUGUCAUCGCACACUUCUGCAUUGGACGAUGUAUCGGCGCGAUCAUAGGCGGCAUGGUCCGCGCCGAGCCCACGUCGCUGGAUUCACAACGUGGCAUCUACCGCGCCUUGGGAGUGGUCUCUCUCUUGGCGGCCGCUAUCUACCUCGCUCUCUACCACUUGUUGCUGGCGCCACGGUGCGCGGCUCAGCCAGUAGCUCCACCCCAACAUCUUCUACAAGGCUUGAACGCGAACGGUGGCUCCAAUGGCACGUACUCUCCAAUGAGGGUUUAUCACGAAGAACGAUCAAGAAAAGGACAUUUCCGUUAUUAAUUUCGAUUUUUGAAUUUAUUGUUAUUAAUUGUUACUCAUAAGUGUAAGUCACGCUAAACAUAGGUUUGCAUCUAGCAUAUAUUCUGUAAUCAUAAAUGUUUUAGUAUAAUAAGUCAAGAAUUGUGAUAUAAUUUGUGCUUUUUAACUUUUUGUCUUUUGAAUAAAUUAAUAUUUAUUUAAAAUUUUACUUCUCAUUAUAUGACGAUCGAUUGCAAUUUUUAAUAAACUAAGCAACCCUUUCUCCUCCUUCAUCGUAGUUUGUUUUCAACUGAUUCUUCAGCUUCUUGACAACAAAGGCACGUUCAGACACCUAACCAUGAGGACAUAUAUUAGUUAUUUCAGCAGUGAAAUUUGACUUUCCACAAUAGGAGCAGAACUGUAAACAUGAACUAUUUACUAUUAUUGUCUAAGACAAAAAUGACGAAUUUAUGGCGGCGUAAGCACCUCUAACUAAAAUGACAAGCCUAACGUCUGCCUUUUCCUUGUUUUUCACAUUUUGUGUCACGUCUUAUUAAGAAGGAUAGGACUAUGAAAUAGGAAUUGAAAUAUAAGAUAAUUCCAAAUAACCUAGUAAGUAAAAACUAAAUUUUGCCAUUCGAUGUCUUGACACGGUAUGUUUAGUGUUAUGUGCGUUAACCGCAAUACAGAACCUUAAGGAAAAUAAGAACCAUGUGAGAAAAAAUA